AUGCGGACAUCAUUCGCCGUGUGCGCGGUGGUUUUGGCCUGCGGUGCACUUCAACAAGUGUCGGCGGCCGUCAACGCACAGGAGUCAGGUAACGUCGCGCGUUAAAACAAUCGCGUUAGCGAUAUUAUUCGUAAUAUUAUCAUUUGCCCGACAUUAUUCUGUUUGUCUGAAUUAUAUUCGUUCGGAUUUUUUUUUGAGUAUUCUUUUCAACGUUUUCGUUCCGAGGCCGACGAUGCAUGCAAUAACAGUGAGAGUGUAUAAAAGUCCCCAAAGUCGAAUCGACACAAACGACCGAUUGAUUUAAAUUUCUAUUAACUUUAAGUUUAAACGCGAUACGUAUAUAAUAUUAUGGUUUUUUUUUGGGUGGAGGGGGGGGCUGAACGCAUGUCUAUACGCAUGCAUUACAGUAUGUAACCCCGAGCGUUUAUUAGCGAGCUCGGAUUAUUACGUUAAUUAUCGUGUUUUCAAAUCUACUUCGAACUUGACAUAGUCAAUUUAUAAAACAACACGUACAACGUGUUAACUCGAUAAUUUUUUUUCAAAACUAAUAGUUAACCAAGUCAAUGUAAUUGCUUAUAAACUCGUUUAGCAUUGUAUUUUGACGAUAAAUUUUCUCGAUAUAGUUCGGAAAUGGAUUUUCGGAAGCGAAUUUUAACCUGCCUUUUUUUUUUCGGAAUAAAUCAUAUAGGUACCUACUGAGUGCCGUUAAUUCACUGUGAUAAAAAUAUGUCAACAAAUAUUAAAAAAUUAAUUUGUAAACAACAUAAUAAAUUAAAUCUAAAAAAGAGAACGUAUCCUGUUGACUGGUGUAAAUGGUAAGUUAGGAAGGUUGGACACAUAAAUUUAUUUAAUCUAUAUCUGUAAACAACGAUAAACAAUUAUCAACGAAAAAUGAUUCUGAACGAAGUACGUUUGUACAUGAAUUGAAAGGUUGUAAUAUUGACGAUUUUCAUCAAAAUUUGAUUUUAAAACCAUUAAGAAAAAAAAAUUAGUACAUUACAUUCUAAUAUUUUUUUACCACUAUGUGCAACUUAUAAUGAACUUCCUGUUUAGUUUUCAAACAUUUCUGUUCAGUUAAACAAUUGUAUUUACAAAUUGUCUACCAAAUAACGUAUUUAUCGUAAUAAUAAACAAUUUUAAUUUCACAUUAUCCAUCUAAAUUAUGAAUAUUUUGAAAUACAGUAGUGAAUUUUGACUAAAGAUAAAAAAGUUUCUAGUAAAAUAAUACUAGUAAUUAUUUGUAUUUGUUUUAAUUUAAAUUUGUUUUUUUUAAAAAGUGUAUAAUAAUAAUUAUUUUCUGUGAAGUUAAUUAUUGACCUUGUACGGUCAUUAUUAUAAACCGCAUACACACCAUCGUACUAUAAUAACGAGCGUUUGUUGUGGUUUAGGAUUUGUUUUUUUUUUUUGAAAGAGGAAAAUAUGCACUCAACACCGCACGAACAAUCGUAAUAACAAUAUUGAAAAAUAUUAUUAAAAUAUUAUACCUCGAAUAAGAAUAAUUAAAAACCAAAAAAAAAGUACCUGAGAGAAGGUUGGAAGGUGAGAUAGAGUAGUGUAAUUCACUGAGAAACUUUGCAACGAGAAACGAUUUCGAGCGAACUACAGAUAUUUUUGUAGCACCACAAGAACAGUGUACAGAUGAAUGUAGCAUAACAUUUUCGAGAAUGUUUCCCUAUUUUUUUACCGUUAAUCAUUUAUAACAAGGAUACUAAAAUUCGAAAAAAGAAAUGCGGCGGCUAGACAUCAAAAACCCUACAAAAAUAUUUCAGCUGGAAAAGACACGAAACAAAUAUGUACAACACACCGUACAGCAAAGCCAAUACAUUCCUCGUUGAAGGUCUCGAAGCUGAAUAUUAUUUUUAAACCUGUAUAUGAAACUACAAAAAUUAAUACUCACGAUUAUUACAAUGUUUUCGGAAAAAUCGUUAUUUAAUGACGAAAUUUUACAGAAGUAUAAUAAUAUACGUAUAAUUGCGACCUUCGCAUAAUAUAAUAACACACGAGAAUUAAACUUUCUUUAGGCGUAAAAAAUUACUGGACGAAAUACAAAACACUUCUUUUUUUAAUUAUUCAUAUUAUUGUAAUGUCCAUUUAGUCCGCUGUCGUGUAAUUACUGCAAUCGAAUUUCGGCGGGUUUGUAUAGGUAUGUAUAUAAUAUUUGACGAAUAGGUAGUGCAUUUAUAAUCGUUGACGAGUUCCCACGUCACGUGACACACAUAAUAUGAUGGGAAUAAUCGAAUGGAUUUCGAUUGUUUUGGUUCGAGGCCGUAAAACAAUAACAUCGAGUAUGAUGUAAGAACGAUGAUAACACACGACAAUUUAUAUUUCACGGUGUACGGUUAUAAUAUUGGCAUCCUGGUGCGUGAAAAUCGGAGAGUAGAAUUAGGAAUAAAAAAAAAAAAAAUUUGAAUGUAUAAAAUUUAAACAGGAACAGAUAUUUAGAUGAUAACACCGUUAUUUUACUAAUUUCGUUUUUUGUUAGAAAUUAUAGCCCCGAGUUGCCUAUACUUAUGGAUUUAUGGUUGUUUUUGAUAGAGUCGAUUAUAGUUUUCAACUCAAAAAUUAACAUUUUUCAAUAAUUUGAAUUUUUAGACACGAACUAUAAACGAAUGAAAGGUUUUUGACCUAUUUCAGCCGUUUUAAAUGUUUGGGUUUUUUUUAUUUUUAAUUUGAUUAUACGCGGAAAGAUUGUUUUGGCUUUGUAAAAACGUUGAAAACUUUAAGACGAAAUUCACCAUAACUUGUCGAUUUCCAAACCCAACAAUUGUGCAAGCGCAUUCAUGUCCGUAUUUUUCAUUUCAAAUUAGGUCGUUGUACUUUUCAAAACAUACGUCGAUUAAUCAUCGAGUAUCUACCUACACAAUUAUAAUACCUUAAUGGAUUUAUUUAUUUUUUUGUCGACCGAGACUUGUAAAAAUAGGCGAGUACCGAUUAAAUAUUAAUAUUUUAUACACAAUCAUGUUUUAUAAUCAAACCGUACAAACGAUUUGACGUAAUCCGCUUCAAACGGCCGCCAUAAACGGACACUGUUUGAAAAUUAAUCCUCAAAACUACUUAUCUAUACCUAUUAUAGUAUACAUACUGCACUAUUGCGAUUUCCCGUGACGAGUGCGUACUGCAGAACUUUAGAAACUGUCCACCGAUUCGGACAAACCGAUUUUAAUUAUAAAUCCCCUAUGUUUAUGGCGACUCAUCAGUUUUUCGUGCGCAAUAAUAUACAUCGGACUAUGAUAUUCUAUCAGACUUCAAUUAACUUUUAUAUUUGAGUGAAACUUUGUAUUAAAAUAAAAAUAUCCAAAUACGCAUUUUAGAAAUGUGCUUUUACGAAAAUUAUUUGGUGUCUAAUAUGUUUUAAAUAUUUUGCAAUCGUAUUUCGACUCGAAACCGGUCAAGCAGUGUCUAGACUAUAAAAUUAUUCAAAUUUCAUUAUUUUGAAAGCGGUUUUCGAUUUCUUUUUUUUGAUAAAAUUCAAGUACUUCGCAUUAGUUACAUUAUACUGUAUAUUGAAUAUUAAAUGGAUUGCAAUUUUUAACUUACUUAUAAUUUACUACUAUCUAAUUUAUAAAAAAAAUAUUUUAACCAGUGGCACAGCAGACAUAUAGUAUAUAUUUUAAUUAUUUUCGAUUCUCUUCUCGUUAAUUUGUUCAAGACGUAACCUAGCCUGCAUUUAUAUUUAAUGCACACUUAUGUGUGUUCAAUACUUGACACGUGUAAUUUUGUAUUCGCGAAAUCAAAGGUGGUUCAAGGGGUUCUUCGUAAAAUAAAUGAUUGUGCAAGUGCACGUUUUAUAUACAAACUGUGUUGGCACAGGAAAAUACCGUUUGAUCGCAACUAGGUUAAUUUUAACGAAAUAUCGAUUUGUUUGAUUAGGACAUUAUGUUUUGUCAUGCACAACUGUAUACAAGCAGAUAAACACGAUAUUGUCGUCUAGAGACGAAUAGAUUAUACAGUAGAGAUUACAGUGAUAAACGAUCACAGCAUACUAUUUUGUAUAACUUUUUUUUUCUUAUUCGCGAGACAAUAGUCAAAUAAUCAAUCAUAUUCUGUGAUAGUAUAUAAUAACACUUAUAUUUUAUUUAACCGAUGGUAGACUGUGUUAAGUAUUAAAUGAUACAGUAUUAAUUUAAAAAGCUGAAGAUGAAGAAUUUGAAAGGUAUAGGAUAUUAAAUGUUAAUUCAUAUCUGUAUGCGACGGUAAAUCAUUUAUGAUAAAAUACGAUUCUGAGCAGAGUUCGGUUAAACGUAUUUUGAAAUAAUUUGACUUUUAUGAUUUUCGUCAAAAUUCGUUUUUAAAAUUAUUAUAAAAACAAAUAACUUUUUUAAAUAAAAUAAAAAAAACAAAUAACUUUUUUUUUACCACUAAUAACAAAUUAUGCUGAAUAUUUUAAAGUAUUUCUAGUUGGUUAAAACAAUUUUUUACCCACAAAUUCAAAUAAAAUUUCAAAAAAUAAACUAGAAUAAAUCAAAUGUCUAUAAAGAAGAAAUAUAAGGAUUCUGUGUAAAUAUCAGGUGUCUACAUUUAUUUUUAACCGAAUUACAACUAAAUCACAAAGUUUAAAAUAACGUAAUCGUUAUUUUCGAAAACUUUCCCGUUCUUUUUACAUUUUUUUUCCGGUUUUGUCAUUAUUAAGAAAUCUAUACGGCAAAAAAAAAAAAAAAAAACGACUUUCUUAUUCGGCUAUUAGAUCCAAAAUUAAAAAAAAAAGUCUCUUAUGGUUUUAUAAUCGUAGCAAUUAUCGAAAGUUAAAAAUAAAAAAAAAAAAGCUGAUACUGGGGAUGGGAGCGGCCACUGUUGUAGAUGACAAGAUGAGAAGGUAGGAUACAUAUGGUAAUUUCAUUUAUUACUGUGAGCAACGAUAAACCAUUGCUUGACGAAAGACUAUUCCGAGCAUAGUCCGGUAAUACGUAAUUUGAAGAUCUCUAAUUUUAAUUUGCGAUUUUCGUUUAAAUUUAAUUUCAAAACGCUCAUUAAAAAGAAAAAAAAAUCAUUUGAUGAUUUUGAAAAUUUUACCACGUCUAGAUAAGUCCAAUAUAAGUAUUAUUAUUUAGUUUCAAGUCUCUACGUGUAUUUAUAAUCGAAUUGCAUCAAAAAAACUCCCAAAAAUUAAAAUUCCUUAAAAGCUCAAAAGUUUUGGUGAUGAUACCGUAAGAAAGUAAAUUGAAAAAUGCAAUAAAAAAGGUGUCUCGUAAUUUUUCGAUUUAAUCAUUUUUUCUGGUAGAAAACGUCGUCUGUGUUUUAUAAAAUAAUGAAAUAGUGAAAUGUUACUUUCUCUUACGUUUUUUCCCCACUUAAGUGAUUUUAUUUAAAAAAUUGCGUCUAAAAUCGAAAAAAGACUUGUACAAUUUAGACAACUCGAGCUUCCAGAAAAGUUGCUUUACGUAAAAAUCAGAGCAAAUUUACUGGGAAAAAACGUAUCCACAGACUAGAACAAAGAACAAAGAAAAAAAAUAAACAUCUUAGGAAAACCAAUAGCUCCAUCACUACGCUUGGAAUCUAAAAUGAGCACGUUAAAAUUAUAAUUUUAUGUUUGAGUUAUGGUUGUAUGCUUAUUUUUUUUGUUUUUGUACAUCGCUUACUUACAUAUGAACCGGUUUUAAUUUUAACACAUCAUUGUACAAUCGUAUAAUGAAGUAGGUAUUAUAAUAUUAUGUAAAAUAUUAUCAUGACAGUAAUGUAUAAAGUCUAUUUACCGAUGACACAAUGGUAUUUGAAAAUAAGAGAUGAGAUUUUUUGUUUUAUUUAACGUCUUUAAAAAACAAAAAUAACAUCAUCGUGUGUCUCAUAGGAAAAAAAUACUUUAUACUUAACUGUAUUGUAUAAUUAGAUUUAUUUCUAAACGAACCGAAUGUACAGGGUAAUUCUUGGUUAUCGUUAUCCAUUAUUACCAUUAUUAAAUGACUAUUAAUUUAUAGCCCUUUGUCCCUAUUCCCUGUACCCCCGGUUCUAAUCCAAAUUGUUACAACUCAUUAAAAGUUAGUGCUCAAUUUUGAGGUAUAAGGAGAAGAGGUUGAAAACAGGGUUAAAAUACAGCUCAAACAAAUUUCGUAUUAUAAUAAAUGAAAUACGGAAAUCUAAUUUACUAAAAAACAAAAACCGCCCAGAAAAUCGCCGUAUAAAAUCAUCAAUUUUAUGUAAAUAAUUUAUUUAACAGAUUCAAAAUAUUGGUUGGAAAAUGGAAAACGUGCGGUACAGGAAAAAUCGAAAAUGCAAUUGCGAAUUGGUAAAGCCAAGAAUUUGAUAAUAUUUCUGGGGGACGGCAUGUCGUUGACCACAUUGACGGCGGCCCGGAUCUACCAGGGUCAACUGCAAAACGUUUCCGGGGAAUCGGAUCACUUGAGCUUCGAACAAUUUCCGUUCACCGGAAUAUCCAAGGUAAUAAAUAGUAUUAAAUUGUAUUGUAAUUACAACGAACAGGGUUUGCGAUCGUAUUGUAGCCCUAAAAAAACGUAUACUAUAGAUAUACGGUUUUUUGUAAACAACCAGUAAACGCUUAAACAUAUUUUAAUAUGUACAAAAAAAAAAUUAGUGUUUCACCAGUUAUAGGCAUUGGACGCUUAAGCGAAAAGAUAGAAUUGCUUUUGUGGUCGUACGAUAUAUAGAACGCCCGAUAACAAAACAUAUGCAAAUACUACGAGUAAAGAUAUUAACCCCCUUCCCCUCGGGUUUUCAGCAUUCAAAUGAAACUAGAAAAAAAACGACUGUUUUUGUUAAAUAUAUUUUCUAGCUACAUUAAUUCGUACGAGCCCCGACAAUAAAAAUAAACAAUUGGUCGACAAUUUCCGUUGGCAAUAAAUUAUUAUUAGGGCUCGGGACUUGUUGCACUUAAAAUCCACAAAAAAACAGUUAAAAAUGUUAUAAAAGCUCUGAAAAAAUGAACGUUCUUCCUUCAAUGGCUCCAACUUAUUAAAUACAAUUUCCUGAGCUACAUAAACUAUUAAACCUGUAUUUUAUUUUUUUUAUUUUACGUACGAUUUUAUUUAAUCAUUAUUACUUUUUGUUAAUCGUUUGCGUCGUGUCAGAAAAUUAUAUCUGAUAACUUAGAACUGCUAGACUGGAGAUCUUUUGUCCCAUUUACCAUUUGUUCUUAUAACAUUUUUUUGAAAUGCUUUUUUGUAAAUUUUAAGUGCAAUAAGUUUGGAACCCUAAUAAUAAAAUAAUAUUAUUUCAUAUGCUUAGUAUAGUGACUUACACACCUUUGCCCUUUUAGACGUACUGCGUCGACAGCCAAGUGGCGGAUUCGGCGUGUACGGCCACGGCCUAUCUGUGUGGCGUCAAAACCAACAAGGCCACCAUUGGGGUGACGGCCAAUGUGCAGUUGUUCGACUGUCCGGCGUCCGUGCCGCAAGAUCGCCGGUCGACGUCCAUAAUGCAAUGGGCCCAAUGGGCCGGAAAAGCCACGGGUAUCGUGACCACGACCAGGGUAACGCACGCGUCGCCGGCGGGCGCAUUCGCGCACACCGCGCACCGGGACUGGGAAUCGGACGCCGACCUGAAAAGUGACAGUGAUAAAACGAACGUCACCCAGUGCGAAGAUAUAGCCAAACAGUUGAUCGACAACGAUCCCGGUAGAAAUUUCAAGGUUCGUCUUCAAGGACGCCGACGCGUCGUUACGAUGUUAUUAUAUCAUAUCUACGACAGAGGUCGAUAAUUGUACGCAGAAACAUAUGCAAUAUCUCCGUGUUAUUGUGACAGGUGAUCAUGGGCGGCGGUCGCAAUAAAUUUGUGAUGCGUGGCCAGAAUUCCACCGGGGAGCGUUCGGACGAGGACCUGAUCGUAAAAUGGAAAAACGACAAACAGAAUCGGUUCGCUGGCAAGACGGCCAAGUACCUGACCAACAAGGAUGAAUUGCUGAACACCGACAUGUCAAAAGUCGAUUUCGUUUUGGGUCAGUAAACGAGUUAAACGUGACAUUUUCGAGUCGGUAUGAUAAUAUGCCAUGUUGUAUUUUUUUUUUUUUUAGGUCUUUUCCAUAAGAAUCACAUGGACUACAGAUUAAAAUCUGAUAUUAAGAAGCAGCCCACGCUGAAGGAAAUGACUUCGAAAGCCAUACAGUUGCUUCAAAAAGAGCCGGCGGGUUUCGUGCUUUUCGUCGAGGGCGGACUUAUCGACAAAGCGCAUCACAGCACGCUGGCGAAAAUAGCGUUGGACGAGACGGUAGAGUUUUCAAAAGCCGUGCAAGAAGCCGCCACGAUAACCAACGAAGAGGACACCUUAAUUGUAGUGACUUCGGACCAUGCUCACACUAUGUCGAUGGCCGGCUAUCCAAAACGUGGUAGAAACAUUCUUGGAACAACUAAUCAAGUUGCCAUGGACAACAUGACUUACACGACACUGAGUUACGCGAACGGUCCGAAAAAGUCCUAUCAAAACGAUAGUUCUUGCCACAGGAUAAACGUUACCAACGAUAAUUUCGGUAAACAAAUGUUAACAAAUUUUUUUUUUCUUUAAUGAUACCCAAAUAAACAAGGUAUUUAAAUUUUAUGCGCUGACAAUCGCAUUAAGAAAAAAGCAAAGUAAAGUGUGACGAGAAUACAUUAAUGGAUGAGUGUAUGAGAUGAUGUAUGUGAUGAUUUAAUAUGUAAUGAGUUGAUUAGAAGCAGUUAUGCAUUGUUUAGAUUGUAAUUAAUGAGAUGAGAGAGAAUAAAUUGAAGUAAUUCGGAAACGGAUGAUGGCAAAAAAUGAGGUUGUGCCCAUAAGAAUAGUUUUAUAAAACGUAUCUGGUCAGAAGGAAGGGAAGAUAAAGCUCGAAAAACUGAUUUUUAUCUGAGAGUGAUGCGAGGACUGUUGCAGGGCGUGUGCAGUGUGUUUAGACAAUGUAAGAUACUGAAUAAAUGGGCGAUUACAAAAAGAAUAAGUAUAAGGAAAUAUAGGGGAAAAAGAAAAAUAACAACAAACCAUAGGCGUUCCGCACGUAUAAAUGAUUAAAAAACGAGAUAUUAUAGGCGACUGCCCCAUUGCUGUCACAACUGUAUGUAACGAUUAAUAACAUUUUGUACAACGUCAUUAUUCUGACUUUAUUAUCACGCAGAUAACGUCGAUUAUCAGUAUCCAAGUUUAGUUGACUUAGAUAGCGAGACUCACGGAGGCGACGAUGUGAUGGUGUUCGCGAGGGGUCCGUGGGCUCAUCUGUUCACUGGAAACAUGGAGCAAAACGAAAUCCCUUUGGCCAUGGCGAUGGCAGCGGGUAUUUCCACGGAGCCACCGACUAGCGGAUCCGGCGGAUCCAAAUUGGUGGGCCAAAUUACUCUUAUAGCCACCGUGUUAUUAGGUCUCCGGAGAUUUUUCUGGUAG